UGAACUCCUCGGUUGGCCAAGCUACGCCUGUGGCUACGACCGCCCCCAACACCAAUGGUCCAGUUGUGGAAACGGUCGAGGUGAUUGAGAUUGAUCCACCAGAAAGGACCGGGAAAAAGGUGGACUAUCUGAGCUUGCUUCAGCACAUCUCUCGUCUAGGGACGAACCAUUUCUCAGGAAGCGCCGAUCCUAUUAAGGCAAACGAGUGGAGGAGUAGGCUAGUCCGAAACUUCAGCUCAACUCGUUGUCCCGAGGAUUACAAGAGAGACAUUAGGGUUCACUUCCUGGAAGGGGACGCGCAUAAUUGGUGGCUGGCUGUGAACAAGCACACCAAUGGAAGUCUCCAGAGUUUUGAGGAUUUUGAAGAUGAAUUCAACCGCAAAUACUUUCCUGCAGAGGCUUGGGACCGUCUGGAACGUAGAUUCCUAGACCUUACCCAAGGCCACAGGGCCGUACGUGAGUACGAAGAGGAGUUCAACCGGCUCCGACGGUUUGUUGGAAGGGAACUUGAGGACGAGACAGUCCAGGUUCGUCGGUUCAUUCGAGGCUUAAGGCCCGAGCUGAGAACCCACUGUUCGAUCCGCACCUUCAGCACCGUCGGAGAGCUGGUGGAACGUGUAGAUAUUUUGGAGUCUAAAUUGGCCGAAGAAGCCAAGCUUAAGACGAAGUCGCAGUCUGUCCCGACGGGUAAGACUAACGACCGAAAGAGGAAGUGGGACCAGGUUGACGGAGGCAAGGCCUCUAGUGGACGACCUGAAUGUCCCAAGUGUGGUAAGAACCAUCCAGGUGAAUGAUAGAAAGCCAUGGGAGCUUGUGUGAGAUGUGGCAGCUUGGAUCAUUCCAUCC